AUGCUGCCCACUCUCGAUCCCGCUCGAGAGUCGUCGUGGAUCCUUUGCUACGACGUGAACAGCAUGUACCCAUCCAUCAUGAAGAAACCUUUGCCGAUGGACGGCAGGGAGUGGGUGGACCUGCCGUCGAGUCCAAACAAAAGGCUGCGCUACCUCAACCGACCCGUCGAUCUGGUGGACUACGAUGAGGACGACGAAAGGAGGUUUGCUACAUGGUUGAGGUUAUGUUCGAUGUUCCCUGGUUUCGCGACUCUUGCGUUGAUCGGCCUCCUGGCUGCAAGGAGUUUCGUUCGCGAGACCGUGGAGACGCGUCGCGAGUACAAGAAAAACGGCCGCAAGCUGCAGGAGCGUGCCUUCUUGGCCUUCGUCGACGUGCAGAAGGCUGGCAGAGCGAAGAUCUUGAGAUCUUUUCUCCAAGGAGGGUGGAAGGUGCUCGAGGCGUCCCGUUUGCUGAUGAUGAAGGCGCACUACAGGAUUCGUCGCGUUUUCGACGGAGAUCUUCUCAAGAGCAAAUCUUCAAAGAUCACGACCCGCGAAGGGCAGCGCUCUGCAGGAGCAUCUGGCUCCAAGUCGCCAGCUGGCUCUUCGAGCGUGCCAAGGGUGGACCACGACCUCUACAAGGCCAUCUUGGAGAGCGUCGGCGAGCACAAGGUCGAGUUCCGUCGCCUGGGUUGCCGCCAUCACGUGAACGAGGUCGUGCAGAUCCAGAAGCGUGGCCUCACAGCACUGAGCACGAAGGCUUGUCAGCUCGACUCGCAUCGCUCCAGACCGAUCGGACAUUUCAAGAGGAACGCGGUGUGGGCUUCGUGCUGGGCUGCUUUGCAACGAGGAGCCCGACAUAGCAACCUUCCAUCUGAUGAACCACAUCCUCAGGAUCAUGGCGAGGUUGGCUUCAUGCACCGCGAGAUUUCGAUCGAUGGACGGUUCAAGGGCAAGCUUUUCAACACCAGUUACCUCCACUCGUAG